GGGGAUCUGACACCCUCACACCAAUGAACAUAAAAUAAAGUUAAUUUUUUUAAAAAAGGAAGAAAGAAAGAAAAGAUAUGAGCUCUCUGAGUCCAGUAUGAUUGUUCAUACCAAUAAUCACAGCACUCAGGAGGCAGAGGCAGGAGGAUCAGGAGGCCAAGGUCCUCCUCUGCUGUGGAAUGGAUCUGAGGCCAGCCUGAGUUCUAUGAGGCCCAGUCUUGAAAAAGCUAAAAAAAGCUCUGCCCAGGCCCGACGAGCAUCUGAAGCACACGAUGCAGGGAUUAACUCACCAGCCAAGACAGCUUCCUGAGGGGCUAGAAAUCCCAGAGAUGGUGAUGGAGGUGGCAGGGUAUGCCCUGACAGGUGGCCCUGAGUCCCUUCAGCCCUGACAAAUGCGGCCACUACCUCUGCCUAUGCUCUGCCCUUAAGCCCUUGCUCCCAGCUGAUCCUGUGACUGAGUGAUGCCUCCCAGUUGGUACCCACAGUACACGCUGAGCCCCAAAGGAUGAACUUCCCUGCUCCUGAAGUCUAUGCUGAGUUCCCCUCUGCGCCUCUGAACACCUCUUCUCCAGAACGCGGGGAGCCUCAGCCAGAGAGGGGCUAGACACAGAUGCUAGAAUGCCUGCCGUUCCUCCUUGCCCAUCAGCGAGAAGACACAAAGAGCUGCCUCCCGCAGCACCCCUGGCGCUCAGGCUCAGCCUCACACAUGGAGAAUCGAUACCAGUGUGUCCUUAGAGAGAGCACAAUUCACUGUGCACCUGAUUAUGGCUCUUUUUUUUUUUCCCUACAAGAAAGGAUUUGGAUUAUGAGUCAUCUGAUGAAAUAGAACAGUGUGCGGUUCCCAUGGAGCCGAGGCCAUGUCAGGCUGCUCCAGCCAGGCCCAGAACCUGAAAUAAUAUGGCCAGAGCCCUGCCUCCAAUCCUCCUCCCUUAUCUUCUCCUCUUUCGUCUUCCUGUCCUGAUUCUACAUAUUAGGGGCCACACUCUCCCAGGUAAAUGAGAUCCCCUUAGAGUGGCCGUGGAUCUCCAAGGAGGUUGCCCAGUGUACCACUCAAAGACUGCUGCUUGUAUAAAUUACGGUGUGAGUGACAUCCUUCUGGUUCCGCAAGGCAGAGCACGUGACAGGGAGCUGGGAGGACAGAGCUGAGUGGCAAGAGCUGUGACCCUUAGGACAGAAUGUAGCAGCUUCACUUGGCAGCUUGGCAGAGAGAAGCCUUGGGAAGAACUCCAUCAGUGGCACUGUCUCCCGAAAGCCAGAAUUGGGAGCCUUGGUGGUCUGGUCCACACAGUCAGCCUCCUGGGGUCCAGGAUGGGAUAGAGAAGGACAGAGUAAGGAUCUGGAGUCACACAAAGCAUGUGACCAGAAGCUCCGGCCCUGAUGCUACAGGUCUCCCUCCAGCAGUGACCCCUGGUACCCAGGGGACUGGGAGUGCCUUAGAGUGAUAGUAUCAGUGUGACAGUUGCCUCUCUCACAAAGGACAUGUUCUCAAAUGUACCAGAUCCCCAGGGCGACCUGCUGGUUCAUAACAAGCCCAGAGGUGCCCAGGGAAAGAAUGGCAGAUGGCCCCCAGGUCUGCAGGCUUUGGCUAAUGGCAUCGUGCGAGCCUCCAGUGUCUUCCCCAUCCUCAGCACCAUUCUGCUCCUGCUUGGAGGGCUCUGCAUCGGCGCUGGGAGGAUCUACAGCCGCAAGAACAACAUUGUCCUCAGUGCAGGCAUCCUCUUUGUGGCCGCAGGCCUCAGUAACAUCAUCGGCAUCAUCGUCUACAUCUCCAGCAACACAGGCGACCCCAGUGACAAGCGUGACGAAGACAAAAAGAACCAUUACAACUACGGCUGGUCCUUUUACUUUGGAGCCCUGUCAUUCAUUGUGGCCGAGACCGUGGGCGUCCUGGCCGUAAACAUUUACAUUGAGAAAAAUAAAGAGUUGAGGUUUAAGACCAAGCGGGAAUUCCUUAAGCCUUCUUCCUCCUCUCCUUACGCCAGGAUGCCGAGCUACAGGUACCGGCGACGGCGGUCCAGGUCCAGUUCAAGGUCCACCGAGGCCUCGCCCUCCAGGGAUGCGUCUCCCGUGGGCCUGAAGAUCACCGGGGCCAUUCCUAUGGGUGAGCUGUCCAUGUACACGCUGUCCAGGGAACCCCUGAAGGUAACCACGGCUGCCAGCUACAGCCCGGACCAGGAUGCUGGCUUCCUGCAGAUGCACGACUUCUUCCAACAGGACCUAAAGGAGGGUUUCCACGUCAGCAUGCUGAACCGGCGGACGACUCCCGUGUGACCUGCCCACCUGUCUCGGCACCGGCCUCCCCCAGAGUGGCUGUUUGUGUGACACACAACAGGGUGACCCUUAAGAUAAUAGACAGUGAACUGGAGAGCCAAGGGCAACCCUCCCUGGCCUCCAAAAGAUGCCAUGGGCUGGCUAAGAGUGAAGGAAGCCUGGAGACUGGAAUCAGGGAUAGGGUAGAAACUGAAGGCUAACUUUCUCCCAAGACAGGGUGUAUUGCUGUCCUCCUGAAAUUUCCCAGGAGGCCCAAGAAUUUUCUAGAAGCUGCAUCAGCCUGCCUCUUGGAAACCAGGAAACCAGUCAUGCCAGAAGAUGUCAAACUUUUUCCCCUUCCCUGGGCACAGGGCCACAGGAAGGCUUCUUCCAGAACUGGGACCUCUGGGCUCCCAUCAGCUGAUUCCCACCCAGAAGUUCCUGUGUCCUGGAGCCCAGAAUGAGCCGGAUCUCACUCCACUCCCCUCUGCCUCCCUCUCUCAGCCUCUGUCUGGCAGCCUGGUGGAGCCUGUGGUUGUAAACAUCAUCCGUCCUAAAGAGAAAGCUCUAUGGCUAACUGGUGCUUCGGCCUUGAGCUGUCCUGUGGCCGGCGUCUCUCCACCUCAGGAGACCAGGAAUCCAGGGCAAAGGCAGAGUCUGUAGGCUUUCCUACCUGCUUCCGGAAGUCUCUGCCGAGCUCGGAAUGGACAGGACGUACUCACUAAACUUGGAGAUCUGGAGGAUUCCAUGGGUCUGAGGAAAGGUGGGCACUUGCUGUGUUCUUCCCCACUUGCCUGAGGAACCACGCUGUCCCCUGAGCCACAGGGGACCCUGCUAGGGGCGGAGCCAUACUCCCACUUCCAAACUGGUGUACAGACUUCAGUAUGAGAAAGGGGAACCGGAGGGUGAGCGGAGACGACAAAGAACAAAGAAAGAGCGUCCGUUUCCAAGUGGUUCUGAAUGGUGACGUACUGAGAAUCAACAGCAGCAGAACAAGCCACACUCAACUCCUCAUCCUAAAAAGCAGCAAUGGCGUCUCCCCCGACUCCUGUCCUAAUUUAUUCUGCCGACACCCAAAGGACUCUGGGGACAUUUGACUCAAGGGGCCGUCCUGGGUUUUCUCACUUUGACUGAAUCUGAGGAUGAGGUCUGUGUUUUACAGUUUGUCCAGCCAUCCCCUUUCCCUCUCGAGGUGAGCAAACACCGUGUGAGUGUGUCCAGAUUAGAAAGAACUCUCCAGAAAGUGGAACUUACCCCCUUUUCUAUAACACGCGUGCUUUCUAAGGAUCAAUUGUUUCUUACUUUUUGAGACUUCUUAAUCCAAUCUUGAACAGUCUUCUGUGACCCCAGUAACUCUCACCGAGAAGUGACAAGCCAGUUCUUACCUCAGUCACCUGCUCAUGGAGCCCCUAGGCUGACUCGGAGUUCAGACCCAGGUCCAUUUGUCCUUCCCUGCCUGCCCUUCAUCCCCCCCCCCAAGACACUCUCUCUCUCUCUCUCUCUCUCUCUCUCUCUCAAGACAUCCUAUGUCAUAGCUAAAGCCAACUGCCCAUGAGCUGGUGAGCUGAGAUGUGAGCAUGUCGGGGCUCCUUCGUUCUUGCUCAGAACCAUCCCCUCCUGGCCAGGCGGGCUCCUCGGCGUGUGUCAAAGCACGCACAGCAGUGAGUGAGCGCCAGUGUCCAGAUGUGUGGUCUAUCCCUGCAGCAGGCCCUCACCCUGCCCACCUCCCCCACCUCGCCUCUACCACCAUCAACAUCUUUGGAGGCUGAAGGAAGCCCCGGACCCCCAGGGAGACCAAGACUCAUGUCUCUUCUGGAAAUAAAGCAGCCUAUGGUAAACUUCCACACAAGCCACCUUCCCAAGUGUAGUUCCAGAAGUUUCCACGGUUCCACAUGAGAAAGCUGUGUUCCGAUGACUCCUACCUCUUGUCCAGUCCUAGGCAGAGUACACAGGCCCACUCCGGGGACAGGAGAGAGCCGGAAGGAAAAGGAAGGAGAGGCAGGGUAGAACACGGAGAAAAGCCUCAGCUGCCCGGCCCCCACAGCCUUUCUCCCGCUGACUGUUGGCCUCACUCCGGGGACCCUGGUCACUGGCUUGCCCUUCCUGUGGGAAAGGGAGCAGAGCUGGACUGUACCGCUGACAGGCUCGGGUCCCGCUCCUUCUCUGAAGGGACAUGAGGCCUGAGCCCAUCUUCCCACCCCUCCUCUGUCCCGUCUCCUCCCCUGUGUCUUUCACCAGUUAAGCCCCUGUGAUCCUGUACCCACCAGUGAUUUGGGGUUCUUAGUUCUGUCUCUCUCUCUUUUUUUUAAUUAAAUAAAAACAUUUUUAAAAUGUU